GAAAUUUUGAGUUCGUUUCGGACAUGGAAACGGCGUCGAAGAAACUGGUAAGCGGCAAGCCACUCCGGGUUUUGAUCCAGUGUUUUCGACGAAGAAAAAUCGUGCAUCUUCCCCAUGCUGGCAAUCUGGAUCAUUUAGUUAUGACUGAGUCCGUAUUGACUUGAGUGCAUCCUCAAGCUCAGCGGCAUUGUUCUUUUGAGUCUUUUUCUGCUUGAUGUAUCAUGAAAAAGGGCCCUUGAUUAAUAACACGGAUGAUGCCAGGAAGAUGGAAGGAUGCAGAUGAGGAUUAGCUCUAAUGUACGCUUGCGGCUCGGGGAAACUAGUACACGGCUUUUUAUUCUGGGAGUGCAACCGGAGAGCUUUGGGGCGAAAGUGGGAUUAAAGGCUGGGAUGGAAAUUGUGGGCAUGAACGGACGUGCACUUGUGCGGUACGGUGAUCAUUUGCAUGAUGCUCUAUCUGUUGGGCCACAUCAUAAAGACGUAGGAAGUAGUCCGGCGCAAUCGCCACUGCAGAUCACAAUCGACGGAAAGGGAGUGGUUCUGAAAAAUCAAUUUGAGGGCCGACACCAGAG